UCUGUUCAAACGAGUUCAAGAGAGUAAAGGAAGUAUUUCCUCGCUGUAAGCUAGUGUGCAAUACUAAAUGUCACUGCAGUGAUCAAGUGUAUCGCGGUGGGUACAGAUAUAUGUUUAAGUGCUUUAUUAGGUUUAAUUUAUUAAGAUCACGUGACUUUUGUUAUGGCGUCCAAGUCGGAACUUGUGUCCAACGCGUUCGAGCUAAACAGUUCUGCCUGUUCCACAGAAGCAGAGAUUUAUUUGCUAUGAGUGAACCACCUAAUAAGAAGAGAAAAACCAUAUUAGAUUUCUUUCGUAGAAAAGAAAAAGGUAAAAAAAUACCAGCAGAAAACUUGAACAGCAAAAAGGAACUGAUUCAGAAUCAGGAAAUGGCCAAUUGUCCCAACUCUGUGAAAGAUAAAGUCAUUGGGAACCCUGGCUCAGAAGAAAAUGGCUCCAAAACGACUCAGGAUUCCUCACAAGCUAUCACUUCGGGAGCAAGCACCUCCUUAGCAAAGCCCUCAGUGGAUGGCAACUCGAUGUUGGGAAGCACCUCUGUGAGGUCUGAGGUCAUACGAUCUGACUCCCAGAACAGUGACUAUAGUGAUGGAGACCCCACUCUGCAGAAUUCUCCCGAUCUCUUUGACUCAGAAACAAAUGAUGUGUCUGCACCUGGUAUACCAGAAAGGAAACCAAGUCAGAAACAGGAUGACAGCUUGUGGAAGGGGAAGUCUUUAGCUGGAUUGAACAGGAAGCCUACAUUCAUGAACCCCUUACCACCACUGAAAUCCCAGUCAGACCACCAUGUGUUGUUUAAAGUCCCUCACACAUACAAUUCCAUUUACCCUCCAAUUCCACAUCCUCACCAUUAUUCAGAUAAAUGGGACAGUUAUCAUGUCCGAAUGCCGUGCUCACACCAGAGUGAUUUUCCAUACAACCACAAGAUAAGACGGAGAUGGGAGAUAAUAGAAAGUGCAUUUAAAAAGCCAAUUCCCGGACCAAUGGAGCUUGCAGACGCCAUUUGUAAAUACAACACAAAGAUGACAGAGAAGAACUUCCAGAUCCUGUAUCACUUCUGUAUUGAUAUCCUAUCAAAUGCAGAAAGGCGACACUUUUUUGAAAAUACUUUACCAAAGAUGAUUAAGCUGGCUCUUAGCUUACCAAAUCUCAUCACUCAGCCCAUUCCUCUGUUGAAGAGGAACAGAAGCAAAAGCAUCACUAUGUCCCAGGAACAAGUGGCAUGUUUGCUGGCUAAUGCGUUUUUCUGCACAUUUCCAAGAAGAAAUGCAAGAGGGAAGGCAUCGGAAUACUUUAACUACCCUUCAAUUAAUUUCAGCAGUUUAUACGAUGGCGAUCCAUUUUAUCAACCCAUCAAAUUGGAGAAGUUGAAGUGCAUCUUCCAUUACUUUAGAAGAGUCACCACCAAAAUGCCGGCAGGUGUAGUGACCUUCACUCGACAGAGUUUGGAUAACUUCCCAGACUGGAAAAACCUGGAGACAAAAUUAACAGACAUUCAUGUGUCAGCUGAGGGGACCAUUGAAGAUGAUGGGGACGGACUGCUACAGGUGGACUUUGCCAACAAAUACUUAGGGGGUGGGGUGUUAGGUAUGGGAGCUGUUCAGGAGGAGAUACGAUUCCUCAUCUGUCCUGAGAUGUUGGUAACGAGACUCUUCACUGAGUGCCUGGAGAAAAACGAAAGCCUUAUAAUGAUGGGUUGUGAAAGAUUCAGUAAUUACUCAGGGUAUGCUGGCAAAUUUGAAUGGUCAGGCGAUUUUGUGGAUCAAACUGAAAGAGAUGCAUGGGGGCGGUUGUACACCGACGUGAUAGCGAUCGAUGCCUUGGUCAUCCGAGAACACAGUCACCAGUUCCGGUUGGGAUCCGUCAUUAGAGAGCUCAACAAAGCUUAUAGUGGAUUCUAUUCGCGUAGUCACAGCCCAGGGAGUAGUAUUCCCCUCCCCGCAGUGUGCACUGGAAAUUGGGGAUGCGGAGCUUUUGGGGGAGACAAACAACUGAAAGCCUUGAUCCAGAUGAUGGCUGCCACAAUGGCGAGGAGGGAAGUUUGCUAUUACACGUUUGAUGACAAGUUGUUACGAGAUGAGAUGUUUGAUAUCCACACAUACCUCACCAAAACCAACUGUCUGGGAAUAGGAAAUAUUUUGACACUAAUCGAACAAUAUGGAAAGAAGAUUGCGGGGUCAAAACAGACAAAGAAAUCAAUGAGUCUGUUUCAAUACAUACCACGUGUGUUCGAUGGGACGUUAGAAAACACGGACAGUGAACCAGACAGUCCAGAAUAUCAGCGGUCCGAUAGUCGAGAAAUGCAAUUUGAAAGUGCUAAUGAGACAGGAAAGCCCAAAAUACAGAGAACAGAAUCCCAGGACUACAAAGCUGACACUCCCUGACGUAGGACGUUAAUCUGUUACAUGAUGAAUUGUUUCUGUGACGUCACUCAUCAGUUUUCAAGAUCGUAUUUUAUUUCUUGCAAGAUUUAUUAGUUUCUUUUUGAGGUAAAAGGCAGCAUCUUCUCGAGUCCCAGGGACUGUCAAAAUACUGUAAACGUAUUAUAUUUGGCGUAUACGAUAUUUGGCGGAAAUCAUUUUUUCAACAAGUUAGCGUAUAUUUGAUUUAGCGCAUUCCUGAAUUACUUUAAACAUCUAGAUUUAUGGAUGGCAUUUAGCGAUGUACUUGAUUUAGCGGAAGCUGCAUUCCGCCAAAGGCGCUAAAUAGAAUACACAGCCAAAUGUAAUACAUUUACAGUAGUUUCCAUGUACAGUGGUGAUUGAAGUAUAUAAUGGAUAAAGCAAAUUAUUCUCCAAUUUCUACUUUCUGUUUGUAACAGGAGUACACUGGGUUAAGAUCAAUUUCUAUUUUCUGUUUGUAACGGGAUGUACACUGAGUUAAGAUCCAUUUCUACUUUCUGUUUAUAAAGGGAGUACACUGGAUCAAGAUGCUUAAUCUCAUCAUGUACAUCCUUGUGAGGAGAGUAAUUUAACUAAGAAUAGAUGUAAAUACAAUACAUAGUCUGUCAUUGAAUAGAGUAGACAGCAAGAUUACAAGAACAUGUUUCCAAUCCAGUCCUUUUGAACUUUGAUGCAUAAUUCACAUCUAUGGCUCCUUCGGACAAUUGUAAUGUGUUACAAUUCUGCAGUCCAUUAGAUUCUGUCUUUAGAAUUUAAAGGAGUAUGUCGUGAAAGAGCUGUGAUAUUUUGAUAAAUCUAAACAGCUGUAAGGAGAAAGUAAAAAAAAAAAGGUAUAAGUUUGAACUUUUGUAAUAAAAUUUUGGUGCAUUAUGUUUGGUAAUCUAUAAAGCAGUAAAUGAGGCUUAUGCUGAACAAAUGAUUCACAUUCAUAGUCUAGAAGGUAUUUUUGAAAAUGAAUUCAGCAGUUGAUUGUGCAGAAAUCAAAACAGGAAGAUAGGACAUGGCAGGUAUUUGUACCUUGUCAUUUGGUGUUUUCAAGAAAGUGUGAACAAUUUAUCUAUAAAUGAAGAUGUAUAGGAAAUUUGUGCAUAGAUAAAAAAAAAAAAAAAGUUUUAGAGACGGUUCACAGGAGGGAAGUGUUAGGUGGAAAGGGAGAGUGUACUACUAUUAAGGGAGGGGCUCCUACUUUAGAACUAGAUAUAAGGGGUGGAAAUACUACUUUAGAGCCAGUUCUCAGGAGGGAAAUUGAGUUGGAAAAUCUACCCAAGACCAAUUUUCAGGAGGGAUAUGUUAGGAGAAAAAUCAUCUAAGGCAGUUCUCAGGAGGGAAAUGUUAGUGGGAGGGAUACCAUUCUGUAAGAUUGGUAGUACAGUUGUACCUAUUCAGUUUUGUACAGCGAGUCAACAAUACAUGUAAUUUACUCUGGUUACCAGAGAAAUAGAAAAUCCAGAGUGAUUCUAAUUGUGAUAUAAAAUUUAUGACCUUUUUUUUGUCAUUUCAUGUGCAUACUGUUCUGUAAUGGAACCCAUUAAAAAUGUAGAAAUAA